AACGUCGAACGAGACGACGACAAGAAAACCUAAACCUAAAAAGGUACGCCAUUAUUACUGCGUGUGAGAGGAACAAAGAAGAGAAUUAUUUUAAUUUUCGUAUUAAAUAAAAAAUAUCCAAUUCAAUUUUGCUCCAAAAUCCUGGAAAGCAGCAGUAGCCGCAUUAGAAUCAGAGGAGUAUACGGAAUAGUUUGAAAAAGUAAAAUCUUGUUACUCCAGAGGAACAUUCACUGAAAGGAAUAAUCGUGGCCAAUAUGACGAGUGGUGGCGGAAUGCCCGAGUUGGGCUCAAAAAUAAGCCUUAUUUCUAAGGCGGAUAUAAGAUACGAGGGCAGAUUGUACACAGUCGAUCCAAAUGAAUGUACAAUUGCAUUAUCGAGCGUGCGUUCAUUUGGAACUGAAGAUCGUGAAACUCAAUUCCAAAUUGCACCUCAAAGUCAAAUUUAUGACUAUAUCUUGUUUAGAGGAUCUGAUAUUAAGGACAUCCGUGUGGUCAACAAUGGAAUGCCACAUCCAAAUGAUCCGGCGAUUAUGCAAGUGCAAUUGCCCAAUGGACAACACUUGAUGCCACAUUUUCCAAUGCAAACUAUGAAUCCGCCAAUGGGUAAUUAUGGAAAUCCUUUUGGAGCUAUGGGUGGUCUUGGUGGUAUUGGUGCGUCAUCAGCAACAGCGACAGGAUUGGCGCCCGGUUCGUUUAUGCUCAACAAGCCGAAACAACCAAGUGAGUUAAACGACGCCCUUCCUCAAGAAUUUAAUUUAAUGGCGAUAAACAAUUCAUCAACGGCUGCUCCUCCUAAUGCCCCCUCGACCUCUGCGGCUGAACACAAAGACCAAGUUUCCGUCUUAGAUUUGCUUGCUGGUGCAUCCCGAUCAACAACUCCAAUAAGUUUAAUAUCAAGAAAAAGUCCAUCCGCCGACUUGGCCGUCCAGGUAAAUCAACAACAGCAACAACAACACAAUAACAACACUGGUAAUAAUCGUGAUGCUGGUCAUAAGCGACAAAACCAUCAACAACAAAGAGGUGGCAACAAUACCAAUAAUAACACCGGAAAUGGUAAUAAUGGUGGUAAUAGAAAUGAUGGUGGUGUUGGUGGCGGUGGCGGCGGAGGUGGUGGUUAUUUCCAAAGAGAUCGUCGCGACUCUGGAAGAUUAGAUAAUCAACAUAAUAACUACAAUAAUCACGACAACCGAAAUCACUACAACAAUCAACGAAAUCAAAAUCAGAAUCAAAAUAGCCGCGGCUGGACGAUGAACCGUGGUAACAACAACACUAACAACAACAACAUGAGGAACCGUGGUCGUGGACGUUUGCCAAAUCAGGGAUAUAGACAAAUGAGUGGAAAUCCAAGUAAAAAUAAUCGCCCCAAGAACACGAUCAAAUUCGAGCAAGACUUUGACUUUGAACAAGCUAACAAUAAGUUUGAAGAGCUUCGUUCACAGCUAGCAAAACUUAAGGUGGGCGAUGAACCCAAAGCUGAGCAGUGUUCUUCUCCAACUUCUCAGAUCAACGGUGAAACAGAUAAAAAAGAUGAUUCUGGUAAUGAGACUGGUGCCGGUGAACACGAGCCUGAAGAUGAAGAAAUUACCGUUGGCUAUGACAAGACAAAAUCGUUCUUCGAUAAUAUCUCAUGUGAAGCAGCAGAUCGUUCAAAAAAUAAAAAGGUUGAUUGGCGUCAGGAGCGCAAAUUGAAUAAUGAAACCUUUGGUAUUGCGUACUCAAGACACGGAAGCUAUCGCGGACGAGGAAACUACUAUAAUCGCAAUAUGAACAAUUAUGGUGGAUAUAACCGAGGUUAUAGGGGAGGUAAUUACAACAAUCGUAACCGCAACAACAACAAUAGAAUUGGACAACAAAAUAUCCAAAAUAAUCCACAAAAGAACCAAAACAUGCAACAGCCACAAAGUCAACCACAGAAUAAGAAUUCACAGGAGACAAACAACACACCAACUCAAGUAGCGGCUGUAGUUGCAGCUAAGAAAACCGAUGGUGAUAGGCGAAAACUAUCGGAUACCUUCUUUGACCAUUAACAAUAGAAUUAAGAAAAAAACAUUGAAAAUAGAAAUUCACAAAAGCCAAUAAUAAAUGUGGAUUAUAUAACAACAACAACAAAAAAAUACUAUUUUUUUUAAUCUGCUGACGUUGUCCUUCCCUCCCCACACAUACGAACUGAAGAUACAAAAAAAUACAUAUAUUUAAUGAUAGAAGGAAAGAAAAACAAUGGUAAAGAGUAGAAAAAAAAAUAUGCGUGUACACAAAAAGAAGAUUGUAAGAAUUAUCAAACAAAAACAAAAAAGUUAUAAUUUUUUUGUUUUCUUUUUUUUUUAGAAAAAUUACUUUUCCCACUUUAUAUACAAACAAAAAUUAAAUUAAUAUUAAUAAUCAAAAAAAAAUCAUUCAUUAUGUGUGGAUAAAAUUACAACAAUGCGAUUUAUAUAAAUGUAAAAUUAUAUUUAGGAAUUAAAAGAAAUAUUGAAAUUCAUAAGCAGCAGAUUCUAUCUAUAAAUGAAAUGAAACAAAUUUAAAUAAAAUUAAAUAAAAAAAAUCGCCAAGAAGGAGAUGAAGAAAAUAUAUAUAUUUUUAAAUAGAGAAAUACAAACAAAAAUAUGGGGGAAAGGCUCUAAUUUAAGACUUGGAGAAAUCAAUUUCAAAUUUAUUGUGAAACACGCACGCGAGUUAUUAACAAUUAGUCAUGAAUACUAUCUAUAAAUAAAUUCAAUAUUUGCGCGAAUAAAACAAAAAUAUAUAUUAAAAUAAAACAAGUUAUCAAAAGAAAAAAAUAGUAAUACAAAAGAAAAAAAACAGAAAUCAAAGAAACAAAAAGAAAAUGAAACAAUAUAUAAACUUUUUACCACGAAUUAAAUAUUAAUAAAAUAAAUAAAAAUAAAAAUAAAUGCUGCAGCAAGGAAAAAAAGAGAUACAUUUAAUACAUUAUAUACAUAAGAAAUAAACUACUUAUUUAAAGCAGAAACUAGAACGAAACAAUGGUUAAGAAAACAAAAUACAAGAUAGGAACUUAACCCAGUUAUAAGGAACUCAAAUAUAUAUAAAUAUGUAAAUUUGAAAAUAAACACAGUUUCAUUUAUUAUUUUUUCUUCUUCCUCUCCAAAAGAAAAAUAUAAGAAAGAGAAGAAUAUUUUCUUUCUUCUAUAUUAUGCCUCGAAAACAAUACAAAACAAAACUAAAACUAAAUAAAAACUCAAAACACAAACCAACAAUAUAAUAUAUAUUCACAGCGAACAAUAAAUUGAUUUCAUCUUUUAAUUAGCGUUAAAUUUUAAAAAAGAUUAAAAACAGAUAUCGGACUGUGCGCGCGCGCUUUAAGCUAUAAGCAUGUAAUGGUAGUUUAUUUUUGUAUUUUUUGGUUAUACAUUUCAACAAAGUCGGUCUUCUUUUGCAUUGAACCAUCCAAAAUUUGUUUAAAUUUUCAAAGACUAAUUUUUAUAAAGAAAAAUAUAAACAUAAUAUUAUAUCAUCAUUAGCAGCUAAAGAAUACAACGCACAUAAUUUAUUUAAAACGCCGAUAGAGUUAGAGAACAAAUUAUUCAAAUUAGUUAUUAUUUACCAUUAUAUUGUAUAUGAAUUGGAUUCUAGUUGUUGAAGCAUGUAAAACUCAAAAAACACAUAACACUUAAUAAACAAAAAUGAUGAUACAAAAAUUACUUAGUUUUUCUCAUAAAUAUAUUUUAUUUUUUUGAUUUUAGGAAAAUUUAUCUUUCGGAUCGAAAAUUUCUAAUACAAUUAUUGUAUUUUUCUUUUUAUUUUUUAAAUUAAAUAAUAUAAAAUAUUUCUGCGCGCACAUUUCUGUAUGACAACUUAAACAAAAAGACCUAUUAAAGAAAUUAUUUAUAGCUAAAAAAUUGUAUGUUUCAUACAUAUUCAUUAUUCGUAUAUGAAAAUCAUGUUCAAAUUGAAGAAAUUAUGCAGAUAUGUUACUACAUGUUUGUUAAUAAUCAUAGCUUUUAUAUAAUAUUUUUUUUUUCGUUUGAAUUUGAACAACCUUAAUACAUAUAAAAAAGUUGUAUUAAUUACAAAUUAUAACCAAUCAUUUUAUUUCCGUUUUUUGCAUUCUACAUGGAGAUAUUUCUUCACAUUCGAAGAAUUUGUUUUUAUUUAGAGUUAAAGGUUUUAUUAUUAUUAUAUUAAAACAAACAAAAAAAAACAUCAAAAGAAAACAUAUUAUUUAUGUAGUAAUAAUAAUGAAAUUGUGUAUAGAAAUCAUAUAACAUGAAAGUAUAUAUAAAAUCGAAUUAAUUGAAAAAAAGAAACUUAAUUUAACAAAAAGCAUUAUAUAAGUAAUAAUGAUAUUGUAUUUUUUGUUUGACUUUUAAUAGAAGUCAAAUGGAAAGAAGAGUAAGUUUUAUAUAAAAACAUUAUGCAUACAAAUGAA